AAGAGCAAAUAAACAAAGAUGACCAAAAACUCCAUCGAAUUCGAUCCUUACAUCGAGCGUAAAGCUUUCGACGAGACAAAACAAGGUGUAAAAGGCCUCGUCGACGCUAAAAUCACUGAAAUCCCACGUAUCUUCCACCACCCUCAAGAUAUCUUAACCGACAAGAAACCCUCUGUCUCUGUUUCAGACCUAGAGAUCCCUAUCAUCGAUUUUGCAAGCGUCCACGUGGACACAGCGUCACGUGAAGCCGUCGUAGAGAAAGUCAAAUAUGCGGUGGAGAAUUGGGGAUUCUUCCAGGUGAUCAAUCAUGGUAUUCCUUUAAACGUUCUUGAAGAGAUUAAAGAUGCAGUUCGUAGGUUUCAUGAGGAAGAUCCUGAGCUCAAGAAAUCAUAUUUCUCGCGUGAUGACGCCAAUAAAAAAUUUGUAUACAACAGUAACUUCGAUCUAUACGGUUCUUCACCGUCUGUUAAUUGGAGAGAUUCUUUCUCUUGUUACAUAGCUCCAGAUCCUCCAGCUCCUGAGGAGAUCCCUGAGACUUGCAGGGAUGCUAUGUUUGAAUACUCAAAGCAUGUGAUGAGUUUAGGUGGUUUACUAUUUGAGCUUCUCUCAGAAGCACUAGGUUUGAAAUCAGAGACCCUUAAGAGCAUGGAUUGCCUGAAGACUUUGCUUAUGAUCUGCCAUUAUUACCCACCUUGUCCACAACCUGACCUAACUUUAGGGAUAACUAAACACUCAGAUAACUCCUUCCUCACGCUUCUUCUCCAAGACAACAUUGGUGGUCUUCAAAUUCUUCAUCAAGACUCUUGGGUCGAUGUCUCUCCUAUUCAUGGAGCUCUCGUCGUCAACAUUGGAGAUUUCUUGCAGCUGAUAACGAACGAUAAGUUUGUAAGUGUGGAGCAUAGAGUGCUUGCAAAUAGACAAGGACCAAGGAUUUCAGUAGCUAGCUUUUUCAGCUCAAUAAGAAACAGUAAAAUGGCCAAAAACUCUAUCGAAUUCGAUCAUUAUACCGAGCGAAAAGCAUUCGACGAGACAAAAGAAGGUGUAAAAGGGCUCAUCGAUGCUAAGAUCACCGAAAUCCCUCGAAUCUUCCAUGUACCGCAAGAUACCUUACCAGACAAGAAACCCUCUGUUUCAGACCUAGAGAUCCCUACCAUCGAUUUUGCAAGCGUUUACGUGGACACAGCUUCACGUGAAGCCGUCGUUGAGAAAGUCAAAUAUGCGGUGGAGAAUUGGGGGUUCUUCCAGGUGAUUAAUCAUGGUGUUCCUUUAAACGUUCUUGAAGAGAUUAAAGAUGGGGUUCGUAGGUUUCACGAGGAAGAAGAUCCUGAGGUCAAGAAAUCAUACUACUCACUUGAUUUCACCAAGAACAAAUUUGCUUACAGUAGUAAUUUCGAUCUAUAUAGUUCUUCGCCGUCUCUUACUUGGAGAGAUUCCAUCUCUUGUUACAUGGCUCCUGAUCCACCAGCUCCUGAGGAGCUCCCAGAGACUUGCAGGGAUGCUAUGAUUGAAUACUCAAAGCAUGUGUUGAGUUUAGGUGAUUUGCUCUUUGAGCUUCUCUCAGAAGCACUAGGUUUGAAAUCUGAGAUACUUAAGAGCAUGGAUUGCUUGAAGAGUUUGCUUAUGAUCUGCCAUUAUUACCCACCUUGUCCACAACCUGACCUAACUUUAGGGAUAAGUAAACAUUCAGACAACUCUUUCCUCACGGUUCUUCUUCAAGACAACAUUGGUGGUCUUCAAAUUCUUCAUCAAGACUCUUGGGUUGAUGUCUCUCCACUUCCUGGAGCUCUGGUAGUCAACAUCGGAGAUUUCUUGCAGCUGAUAACCAACGAUAAGUUUAUAAGUGUGGAGCAUAGGGUGCUUGCGAAUACACGAGGACCAAGGAUUUCAGUAGCGAGCUUUUUCAGCUCAAGCAUACGUGAGAAUUCAACAGUUUAUGGACCGAUGAAAGAGCUUGUGUCUGAAGAAAACCCUCCAAAAUAUAGAGAUACAACUUUAAGAGAAUACUCCGAAGGAUACUUUAAGAAAGGUCUUGAUGGAACAUCGCAUCUGUCAAAUUUCAGGAUAUGAAAAGAACUAUAUAAAGAAAAAUGUUCAUUGUCUUGUUUGUUUGUAAGAUAUUCAUACCAUCCACAUAUUGGUGUGUUUCUUGCAUCAGCUACUCUGUUCUUGGCUCUACAACAAUCAAAUAAAUGUACCAAAAAUAAGAAGAAAUAAUGUGUUUAUUAUGUUAACGUUUAUGUGUUAAACUACUCUGUAUUUGGAUCUUUCUUAGCCAUAGAUAGGUAUAAGUACUGUAUAAAAAUAUCAGUGAAUG